GUAUAAUGGGAUCCACCACCCACGACUCCUUGACUAUCCUUUUUUUUGGGUCUUCUGCUUUUCUAAAACAGCAAGACUCAAUUAUUCUCUCUUUUAACUUUCCCAUAUUAUGAUUUUUUUGGGAUUCUUAUAAGGCAAGUUCUGAACUCGAAGGAAGGUUGUGGCUUACUUAAGUCUUAUCUUUGUAUGCUCAGGAGAAGAGUGGACGUACGCCAGUAUCAAUAAAUAAAUUUCAAUAGUUGCAUUACCUGAUUUUGAUCAAGAAGAGGAGAGGAAAGGAACAAUCCAUUUUCAUCAUAUACUUGUACAUAUUAUCAAUGGGUAUUGGCUUGAAGGUCUUGGUAGACAAAGAGAAGAAGAGAGUUAUUUUUGCUGAGUGUGAUCAUGAUUUUGUUGAUGUUCUCUUCAGUUUCUUGACAAUGCCAAUUGGCGCCAUCUUGAGGCUCGGCUAUAUAAAAUCAUCAAUUGUGGGGAUAGGUUGCAUGAACAAUCUGUACAAAAGCGUUGAGAAUGUUAAGGAUUAUUUUCAGGGUGGUUGUAAAGACAUGCUGCUAAGUCCACGAAAUGGGGUAGAAGCUCACUACACAAACCUGAAAAUGAACAUUAACAACAAAGAUGCCAGAAUAGUGCUCAAAAAUGAAAUAAUUUGCAUUUGGACAAUAAUAAAAAGAGAGAAGAAAGAAAUAGUUAAAAUUGAAAAAAAGAGAAGAGCAAAUGAUAUUCUUGAGAUUAAAGCCCAACUAAAGGAGAAGCCCAAGCCCAAUUUCCUCCCCAGCCUGGAGCCGAGCCUGCAAGCCGCCUGACGCUGCCAGCCUGCCAGCCACUCGCCUCGUGCCACCUGUCAGCUGUCCUUCAAUCUCUCAGCAUCUGAAGCCCAACGUGCCCAAUCCGAAGCUUCAACUCUCCAAUAGGCCCAAUUCGGGUCUUCUCCUUCUACUCCUCUCCCAUCAGCGCCAACCCCCUUCAACAAAAGCCCAACAGGCCCAGCGGCCCAAUGCGCCCAGCAGCUUGCCUCCUUCAGCCGUCCAUGUGUCGCCUCCCCAUUGGCUGGGAGUGGGUCAAAACCCUCUUGUACCAUCAGCCACCUUCAACCCAUAUUUUGUGGGUAUUGGGCCUUGCAAAAUUGCCAUUUUGAGCUUUAAAGCUCAUCUUUUUUGGUGUCUUUGAAAAAGAGCAUAUUGACCAUGCCUCAAAAUAACUAGGUUAAUAUUUAUAAUAAGUUU